UUGUGGAAUGUUCAAUAGGACAGGAAUAUUGUGUGGACAUGGUCUCAAAGUUCUUGACUUGAUGAAUAUAAAGACAUUACCAACACAUUAUGUAUUAAAGAGAUGGACUAGAGAAGCACGCAAUGGAAGCAUACAAGAUAGACAAGGAAGGAAUGUGGUAGAGAAUCCAAAGUUUGAAGCCCAACUUUGGUACAAGGGUGUGUCUCACAAGUUUCACACUAUGGCACAUAAAGUAGCCAACUCUCUAGAGUGUCGUUUGAUAUUAGAAAAUGCACUUGAUUGCGUUGGUCCACAACUAGAUGAGAAACUUGAUGCAACUAUGAAUGCUACGAAAAAGCCAUGUGAUGACCAAGAAAAUGUUGACCCAAAUGUGCAACUAACUAGUGAGUUUCUUAGUGCAGCAAAGCUCAAGAAAAAAGAGGUUGCAUCAAAAAAUUUGAGGAGAAAGAAAGGCUGGCUUGAUAAGUUACUCAAGGGGAAGCGCAAGCCAACUAAAGUUGCCCCGUCAAAAAAAAAGGGAGCAAAGCAGCAAAAGAAAAAUGAUGGUGGACAGCCUCAAGUGAGAGUGGAGAAGGAUGAUGGUGGACAGCGUCAAGUGAGAGUGGAGAAGGAUGAUGGCGAUAAAAGAGCAAAUGUGGAGCUUGAAGAGAGCAACACGGUUGUCAGUUACACGCAGCUCUUGAUGACUCCCCUUGGUGGUGUUUAUGAUGAAAAUCUGUUCUAACGUGUACAAGCUUGUUAGAUAGUAUUUUGGACAUUUUGACUAGUAUUUUGGACAAAGAUGACUAUAGUAUUUUGGAUUUUGGGCUGACUAUAGUCUUUCGUGGCCUAAGUGUACAAGUAGACUGGCCUAAUUUAUCUACUUGAAGAAUUAUGUAAGAACAGAUUUUGUUGGUGCCGAAUUUGAGUUGCAAAUGC